AUGAAUACAAACAGACCGUGGAUGAAUAAUAAACGUGAUCGCAAUAUGCGAGGAGGUUUUAGAGGUGGCCGAGGAGGCCCAAGAGGGUGGUCCGGGAAUCAGAGAGGUUUUAAAAGUUCGUGGGGUAGCUUUGACGGUCCCAGUACUGGCAAUAAAUUCCAAAAUAAUUACGCCCCCAAUAAGGGUCAGUGGAAAAAGCGAGAUACUCCCGGGAAGCGGCUCUCUGAAGAAGAUAUCGGUGUUACAGAGUAUGUUAGUAAACAUGAAGGAUUUAAUGGAAUUAUUAAGUCAAGAUAUUCUGACUUUCAAGUAUCAGAAAUAAAUGAGCAGGGUGAGAUAGCUAAGCUGACAUGUUUGAAGCCGCCGCCGGCCCCGGAAGAGGAGGCUGUGAGUGAGGAUGAGGACCUACUCCUCUCCAAGUAUAACUUAGAGAUCCUACCCAUGGAAACUUGGGAUAAGAUUAAUACACUAGCUGUAAGCAAAGAUCCUGAGCCUGACUGUGUUGAGAUUGAUAUGGAAGGAGUGACUAAGGAACAGAGAACCAAGAUACAUGAUGCUGUGAAGAAAGCAUUCGGCGACAGCAUCGUUGGCAGCACUGUCAAUAUUGAAGACAAAAAACUGAUGCGCUUCCAGAAGUUUAAAAAAGGCGUACGCAUAGACAACAGAGUCAAGUGGACCUGGCCGGCUGAAUAUGUGCACUUCAUCGUGCACAAGGAGAACUGUGAUACAAUGGAUGCGGCUAUGCGUAUUGCAGAACGAAUAGGGGUGCAUGUGAAGCCGUCGAUGUUGGGCUACGCCGGUACGAAGGACCGUCGCGCUAAAACGUCACAGUGGUUCAGCGCUCGACGACUGGACCCGCGGCGCUUUGUAGCGGCCACUCGGUACCUUAAAGACAUACAUAUCGGGAAUUUCACCUUCAAGAAUACCAACUUAAAGUUGGGCAUGCUUCAGGGCAACAGAUUCCGCAUUGCACUCCGCAAUGUAACAGCUUCAGAUGAGGUGGUGAAUACUGCCUGCAAGGACUUGCAGGAACAUGGUUUUAUCAAUUAUUACGGUCUCCAGCGCUUUGGAACUCGAGUCGAUAUACCUACAUAUAAUAUUGGCCUGAAAAUGUUGCAAGGAAAUUUCAAAGACGCGAUCGAGUUGAUCCUAGACUCCCGCGAGGGUCCCCUGGCGGGCGCGCUGGCGGCGUACCGCGCGGGCGGCGCGGCGGCGGCGGCGCGCGGGCUGCCGCGGCGGGCGAGCGGGCCGGAGGCGCGAGUGCUGCGCGCACUGAGCGCGGCGCCCAACGACGUGCACGGCGCGCUGGCACAGCUGCCGCGCAACACGCGCCUGCUGUACCUGCACUCCUACCAGUCGCUGCUCUGGAACAGAGCCGUCUCCGAGCGACUGCGCAGGCACGGACUCGCGCCCGCCGUCGGAGAUCUCGUGCCGCUCGCCAAUAUUGACAAGGAAGAUGAAUUCGAAGAUGAAGAUUCAGAUGCAGAAGAGAAUGAAGCUGAUGGUAAAAGUGAUAAGCAGCAAGCAAAUAACAGUCCAAAUGACAUUAAGACUGAGAAGCAAAGUAUCAAAAAAGAAAGGACAUCAUCGCAAUCAGAUCAAAGCAGUGUCAAGGACAAGGAAAAAGACAAAAAGAAUUCGUCUAAGGACGAGGAAAAACCAAAAGUACCAGUAAAGGUGUUGACUCAAGAGGAUGUGGACAGUGGGAAAUAUACCAUGGCAGAUGUCGUGAUGCCCCUGCCCGGGUACUCGGUGGACUACCCGCCUAAUAUGCUAGACUAUUAUGAGCAGCUACUCAGUGAUGCUGGUCUAACUUUAGACAUGAAGCAUAAGAUCAAGAGCUACCGUCUGUGCGGCGCGUACCGUCGCGUGGUGGUCCGUCCGCGCGACGUGUCGUGGCGCGCGGUGCGGUACUCCGACCCCUUCGCGGACCUCAUCGCCUCCGACCUCGACGAACUCAACAACAAGACUAUCGACGCCAUCCGAGACGAUGGAAAAUACAGAGCACUUCUACUAAACAUGACUCUGCCCGCAAGUUGUUACGCGACAAUGGCAUUGAGAGAAUUACUCAAAGUGGACACUUCGAGUGAUAACCAGGCUUCUCAGAAUAAUUAUCAUAAAUCUCGUAAGAGUUCGACUACUGAGGAAAAUGAGGGAGAAGAGAAAAAGAAGAAGGAAGCUGACAGCCCGGAGAAGGCAAAAGGAGCUGACAGCGCAGAGAAAACAAAAGAAGCUGACAGUGCAGAGAAAGAAAGAGCUAACGGCUCGGAGAAAGUAAAGGUGGAACAUGACAGUGAAGUCAAAUUGGAGAUUGAGGCUGAAAGUGGAGAGAAACGUAAGAUGUUGAGUGAGAGUGAGCAGACAGAAGAUGUAAAGAGACAGAAAGUUGACAAAUAA